AUGCCGUCCAUCGCCAGCUGCUCCGGCGUCUACGGCUUGCCGCGCCGUCUCCCGGUCUUCGCGUCCGGCGCCGUCGUCUUCAUCAUGGUCCUCUUCUACCUCCUCCUCUCCACGGCGCCCUGCAUGGUCUGGGGUGUCUGCUACCACGGUUACCAGAGCGCCUACAGCUUCGAUGCCGACCUCGCCCACCACCCGGCCUGGAUGGGCGACCUCCCCGACGACGUGCCCAUCUCCAGCCUCAGCAUCCCCGGCACCCACGACACCAUGACCUACGACAUUGGCGACGAGGGCCUGCAGUGCCAGAACUGGAACCUCAGCGUGCAGCUCGACGCUGGCCUACGGUACUUUGAUAUCCGCGCCCGGCUGCGCGACGACGAGCUGCAUAUAUACCACGGCAACGGCUACACUGGCUUCAGCUUCACCGACGUCCUCAUUUACAUGUUUGAGUUUCUCGACGCGAACCCAUCUGAGGCCAUCGUCAUGCGCCUCAAGCAGGAGGGAAACCCCAUUGGCAAGGCCAACACCAUCUCGUUCGAGGACGCCUUCAACCGCUACCGUAAGGACAAUCCAGUCACUACAGCCGGCGCCUCGGACCAUCUCUACCUCUACAAUCGCACCACGCCGCUCCCCACCCUCGGCGAGCUGCGCUCCAAGAUAUUCAUCUUGCAACAGUUCCCGGAUACCAGUGGCCCGUACGGCCUCUUGUGGGAGGGCAAGCAGAUGUAUCUCGAGGACUACUGGAUCAUCCCUGACAUCUACCACCUCUCAGACAAGUGGACAGCCAUCCGCGAGGCCCUCGAGACCGCCUCAACGGCUGUCCACGACAACUCCCGCCUCUACCUCGCCCACGUGUCCGCCUCGAUCGGCGUGCUGCCCAUCGAGGCCGCCGCGGGGCCCAUGAACCGCACCGUGACGGGAAUGAACGACAUGACGGGCCAGUGGGUCGAGGACUUUGAGCACGUCCAGGAUGCCACCCGCACCGGCAUCAUCAUCAUCGAUUUUCCCGGGCGCAGGCUCAUCGACGCAAUUCUCCGGUGGAACAAGCCCUUCCAGCACAAGUCGCGGCGCAGCGCCGGACCACGGUCCUCGGAAUUAUCGAAAUACUGGUGA